CCAGGACCUAUGGCGGCCGACGACUGCGACGGGCUGCCCAUGUACUUCGAGGAUGACGCGGAGGAGGCAGCUGCGGAGAAGAAGAAACGCCGGCAGCAGAGCCAGAAGCCGCGGGGGAAGCUGCCGUGGGAGGACGACACGCCGGAGGAAAAGGCGAGGGGUGAGCUGAGAUUGGCCAUGAUGGAAAAGCUUUUCGAGUACGACCCCAAGAUGGGAUCCGGCUCCUACACCCGAGUUUGGUUCGUCGACUUCAGCACCCUCGACAUUGAUGAAGAGAAAUCCGGACAUGAGGCUAUGCUGACAGAGGACUUACUAUCUCUUUGGUUAAAUACUUACUUUUGGUACCAUACUAUUCUUCCCUGGUUGUAAAAUGACCUUAUUUUCCUUUUCCUCAGCACAACAUGGUCCGAUGCGCUUUACGGAUUCACUUAUCCGAGAUGACCACAAGCUGACCAAUUCAUUAAACAUAUCUGUCUGAAGAUAUUGUCCUCAGAUGUUGGCUACCCUAUCAACGUGUAUGGUACUGUGAUAGUCAGAUAUCGUUUGGAUAUGAAAUGCAUCUACAUCUUCCGUCGCAACAGGGACAAUUGCCAACUUGUCCAAUCAGAGGGUGCAUCUUUGAUUCUGGCUGGCCCAAGUAGAUGAAUUGUUUUUAGCGGUGAUGCCAAUUUUGAGAUAAAUCUGAAGAUCAAGGAAGAUAGAGAGAGCAAUGACAGACAAUUUAGCAAAGCGUUGAUUGGUGUGGAUAUUGCAGCAAUCGACUCCGUGAUCAUCAGACGUUGAUAUUCCACAUCUAUGCCCGCAGCAGUGACCAGAAUGCUAAUGUCAACCAUUAUAUCCGUGAGUUCACUCCAUUAAGAAAAGGUGCAGACAAGCUCGAGAUCAUGUGUGGUGUCUACAAGCUGCAAGUCGAAGUUACUUGGUCGACCUUUUUAUUGUGAAACGAGGAUGAUUGUACAAACUCACAUAUUUAUCUGCUUCAUAUCAGAAUAUGCA